AUGGCAAAAAAAUUUACAGAAAAGAAUAAGAUGGAACUAAUUAAAGAUGAUGACAUGGACAUUGAAGAAUUUUUUGAGUCAGAAAAUGUAAAGAAGGUGGGUAUUUGUCCAAUGUUUAUAAGUUCAAAAAUGUUUGAAAAUUUAAAACAUUCUUUAGAAGAAAAACAUAUUAAAUUAAUUGAAAGUGAUAAUAUUGCUGAUAAGAUUUGGAUUAACAAGCCUAAUAGGGUUCAUAAAGGAGCGGUUAAAAUUUCUGAUAAAAACAGAAUAGAGUUAAUUCGAAAUAAACUAAUCAAAAAUGAUGAGAUGAUAAUUAUAACAGACUUGGACACAAUUGCAUGGAUUACCAAUCUAAGAGGAGGAGAUAUUGAAUUUAAUAAUAUUUUUUAUUCGUUCUUAGUUAUAAAUAAAGAGAAAGCAAUUUUAUUUAUAAAUAAUUUUAACGAAGAGAUUCAAAAUAUAGAAAUCAGAAAAUAUGAUGAGUUUGAAAAUUUUCUAAACAAACUUUCAAAUAAAAAUAUAUUAAUUGACAAAAGAAUAAAUCAACGAUACUUUAGUUGGAUUAAAAAACGUAAUAAUGUCGAAAUUACUUAUGAAGUAAAAAAGGAACAAUCAAUUAAAACAGAUGAAGAAAUAGAUAAUUAUUUUGUUGCUAUUAAAAAUGAUGCCAUUGCUUUAAUAGAAUUAUUUGAUCAUAUUACAAAACACGAUGAAGAUGAGGUGAUGAUUGAAGAAAGAUUAAGGUCAAUCAAAAAAAAGUUAUUUAAAGAUUCUGAUUAUAUUAAAGAAUCUUUUCGUUCUAUUGCUGCUAUAAACUCUCCUGAUCUUCAUCAUGAUAAUAAUAAAACCAAAGUAUUUAAGAACGGUGACGUUAUUUUAUUAGAUACAGGAUCACAAUAUUUUGUGGGUGCAACAGACAUUUCUAGAACUAUUUCGAAAGGUGAAGUUAAUCCUGAUAUAAAACAAAAAUAUACUUUAGUUUUAAAAGGGGUCAUUCAAAAUUACAUCACUGAUAAUAAAAUUGAAUCAGGACAUGAUGUUAAUAAAAAUAGUGGAAAAUUUUUAAAAAAUAAUGGUUUUUAUUAUGAUGAUAAUACAGGACAUGGAGUUGGUAUUGUUAUUCAUGAUGUGUUUCCGCAAAUACAUGACAAUGGUAAUAGACUUAUUAACAAUCAAAUAUUUACUAUUGAACCUGGUUAUUAUCACGUUGAUAAGAAAUCACCUGAAAAUGAAUACGGGAUAAGGAUAGAAGACAUGGUUUUUUAUAAAGAUGGCAAAGUUACAAACAUGACAUGCGUACCUUAUCAUUUAGAUCUGAUUGAUUUUAAAUUACUGAGUAACAAGGAAAUUGAAUAUUUAAAUUUGUUUAAUAAACAAAUAAAGAUUUCUUUAAAGGAUAAAAUUCCAAGCAAUAAUGAUUAUUUUAUUAACAACACUAAAGAAAUUCCAUUAAAUGUUUAA